CCUGACAAAAUAUACAAUAAGAUUAAGCUCUACGCCGGGAAUGAAAUACUUGUGAAAAACUUAGUGGAAUAGAAACCAUUCUGACUCCUUCAAUAACUAUCAUACCUACAUACCUAAUUAACAUACAUGCAUCGGCAAACCACCACGAACUAUCGAAAAUAUGUACAAAUAUUUUAACCAGUAUUUGUACAAAUUGUUUAAUCUUUUGCCAAAAUCAUAGUUAAGUAGUAAAAUAAAAAUGAUACUAAGGUUUCAAGUGAAUAGGACUAGGGCAACCAUGUUCCAAUGGUUUUUACGUUACUGUUGAUGACAACGAAAAACCACCCCAAACCUAUGCGGAAAUAUUCAUACGAAUCUGUUUAGUUGGUACUGUGAAAUUUAAAUAUCAAUAAUGAAAAAUAAACUAGUUUAAAAAAUAUGCGUUAUUCUAAACAAAUCUUUCUUAAAGUGGCCCGUCAAAACAAUUAAGUGAUCAACUUUUUACCUGGCCAUGAUAGACCCAAGCUCUAGUGAAGAAGAGGGAGACGAAGAAACCGUCGCAAAUUUGCCUAAUAAAGGACGUAUUGGAGCACCACAGAAAACGGUCGCACCUGUAGCCGCACCAUCAACAUCAACAGCCGUUGCAACCAUACCUAUUACUACAUCUGGUCCUAAUACCCAUAAUGGCGAUUUUCAAUCAAACCAAAGACCAUCAAAUACUUCUGGUGGAAACAGUCGAUUUGAUGGCAGCGAUGGAGGAGUAGGAUCAACAAAAAAGGAUCAACCCCAAUUUGGCACUGAGGGAGGCAGCCUUGAAGUUCCCAACAAUGGAAUUCCAAGUGGUAUUUCGCAAGAAACUCUGAACCAAAGUGUCGGAUCAUCGCGAGCUAACUCGCUGCCACGCCCUCUUUCGCCAUCACCAUCUACUGCAAGCGAUAAGCAUGAUGGAGGCGAUCCACAUGAGAAACAUGAGCGUGAGGAGGAGGAACGCAAGCGCCGUAUUCAGUUGUAUGUGUUUAUAUCGCGUUGCAUAUCAUAUCCAUUCAAUGCAAAACAACCUACGGAUAUGACUAAAAGGCAACCGAAAAUAACAAAACAGCAGCUAGAGAUACUCACACAACGAUUUCAGGCGUUCUUGAAGGGUGAAACGCAAAUAAUGGCUGAUGAAGCCUUUCAAAAUGCCGUGCAAAGCUACCAUGACGUAUUUCUAAAAUCGGAACGUGUUAUGAAAAUGGUUCAAUCUGGAGCAUGUUCGCAACAUGAUUUUCGCGAAGUUUUUCGCAAUAAUAUUGAAAAACGUGUAAGAUCCUUACCAGAGAUUGACGGAUUGAGUAAGGAAACUGUGUUGACAUCUUGGAUGGCAAAAUUCGACAUAAUUCUCAAGGGUAGUGGCGAAGAAGAGACAAAACGCCCUUCACGCAUGCAACAAUCUUUGAAUAGUGAGCUGAUUCUUUCCAAAGAGCAACUAUAUGAUAUGUUUCAACAGAUUUUAUCAGUGAAAAAGUUCGAACAUCAAAUCCUCUUCAACGCCUUGAUGCUCGAUUCUGCUGAUGAGCAAGCUGCGGCCAUCAGACGUGAGUUGGAUGGUCGUAUGCAGCGUGUGGGAGAAAUGGAGAAAAACCGAAAACUUAUGCCAAAGUUCGUGCUUAAAGAAAUGGAAUCCCUUUACAUCGAGGAAUUAAAAUCUUCUAUCAAUCUGCUGAUGGCGAAUCUGGAAUCACUUCCUGUAUCAAAAGGCAAUAUGGACAGUAAAUAUGGGCUACAAAAAUUGAAACGUUAUAACCAUAGCACACCAUCCUUUUUAAAAAUGAUUCUGCGUUCCCAUGGAUCCCUUUCCAAGCUAGAAGGUGAUUCAGAAGAUGGUACUACACAGUUAACCAAAUUGGAUGUUGUACUUACUUUUCAAUUGGAAGUAAUUGUAAUGGAAGUAAAAGGCCUUAAAUCUUUAGCCCCGAAUCGGAUUGUGUACUGUACAAUGGAAGUUGAAAAUGGGGAAAAGCUUCAAACUGAUCAAGCCGAGGCUUCAAAGCCUAUGUGGGAUACACAGGGAGAUUUUACUACUACUCAUCCUUUGCCUGUUGUAAAAGUAAAGCUGUACACAGAAAACCCUGGAAUGUUGGCGCUGGAGGACAAAGAGUUAGGAAAAGUGACCAUUAAGCCUACACCACUUUCUUCUAAAUCACCUGAAUGGCACCGUAUGAUCGUUCCCAAAAAUCUGCCGGACCAGGAUGUACGGAUCAAAAUAGCAUGCAGACUCGACAAGCCGUUAAAUAUGAAGCAUUGUGGGCAUCUUUUCGCAAUUGGAAAAUCUGUAUGGAAAAAAUGGAAGCGUCGUUACUUUGUUUUAGUUCAAGUCUCUCAAUACACAUUUGCAAUGUGUAGCUAUAAGGAAAAAAAAUCAGAGCCGUCCGAGAUGAUGCAGCUUGAUGGAUAUACAGUAGAUUACAUUGAAGCUGCUAGUGCCAAUCUCAUGUUCGGUAUCGAUUUGAAUGGUGGCCGGUUUUUCUUCAAUGCUGUGCGCGAAGGAGACAGUAUUGCAUUUGCAUGUGACGAUGAAAAUGAGUGUAGCCUCUGGGUGAUGGCAAUGUAUAGAGCAACUGGUCAGUCACACAAGCCCACGCCACCCAUUACACAGGAUAAAAAUUCGGCUAUGUCUAAAAUUCAAGGUGAUGCGGAUAAGGCACGCAAACAUGGAAUGGAGGACUAUAUAAGUGCGGAUCCAUGUACUUUCGAUCAUGCUAGUUUAUUUAAAACGUUACAAAACUUAACACUCGAAUAUCGACUAAAUGAUCCAUACGCAUCUCUUGGAUGGUUUAGUCCGGGACAAGUAUUUGUUUUGGACGAGUAUUGCGCUCGAUACGGUGUACGAGGGUGCUACAGACACUUAUGUUAUCUUUCCGACCUUUUGGAUCGUGCUGAGAAACAGCAUAUGAUUGAUCCCACAUUGAUUCAUUAUUCGUUUGCAUUCUGCGCUAGUCAUGUGCAUGGCAACAGGCCUGAUGGAGUGGGCAGCAUAACCCAUGAAGAGAAAGAGAAGUUUUCUGAAAUAAAAGAACGUCUGCGCCAGCUUCUUGAGUUUCAAAUAACAAAUUUUCGAUAUUGUUUUCCUUUCGGUCGCCCUGAAGGAGCAUUAAAAGCUACGCUGUCUUUACUUGAAAGAGUUCUAAUGAAAGAUAUCGUUACCCCAGUACCACCGGAAGAAGUGCGUCAAAUGAUUAAAAAAAGCUUGGAGACCGCUGCUCUUGUUAACUACACACGGCUUUCGGCGGAAGCAAGAAUCGAAGAGGAUCUGCGUGGUGAACUUAUUGUACCGCCACCAAAAAAACUAGAGGAUUUAAUACACUUGGCUGAGCUAUGUGUUGAUUUGUUGCAGCAAAAUGAAGAGCACUAUGGUGAACUUCGCAAACACGACAAAAAGGAAAAACUUAAAACAAUAAAGGAAGGCGUCGAUGGCACAGGCACAGGAACUAUAGACGGUCGGGUCGAUGCUGCUUCCACUGUUACUUCCGCCACUUCAAGCAUGGACCAGGCAACGUCAAAAGGCAUAAUGGAUGUCGCUGCCGGUAUCUCUGACGGACCGCCCCCAUUUCGUUACUGUAUGCCCACACAUGCGGUAUACACAUCGCCAGUACCAACGGCGUUUGCUUGGUUCAGCGAUCUACUGGUUGAGCAUGCGGAAAUAUUCUGGUCUCUUUUUGCAGUUGACAUGGACCGAGUUUUGUCCGAGCAAGCACCAGAUACAUGGGACUCAUUCCCAUUGUUCCAAAUUCUUAAUGAUUAUUUAAGGUCUGAUGAUAACUUGCGAAAUGGACGGUUUCACCAGCACCUGCGUGAUACCUUUGCACCGUUGGUGGUGCGGUACGUGGAUCUUAUGGAAUCCUCAAUAGCUCAAUCGAUUCAUAAGGGCUUUGAAAAGGAACGUUGGGAAAGCAAAGGGAUAAACGCUGCUUUGAAUCCAGCUGCAUUAAACAAUGCCGCCCAGGCGCUAAACACGGCAGCUCUCAACCCAGCGGGGCUGCUGAGCGGCAAGAAAGAUCAAGUCAAUUUUUAUGUACCGAAGCUACCAAGGCGACCAGCUGCAGCUGCAGCAGCCGCUGAUGAAAUGAGAAAUGGUUGUGCAACUUCCGAAGACCUUUUCUGGAAACUAGACGCAUUGCAAUCCUUUAUUAGAGAUCUGCAUUGGCCAGAUGCCGAGUUUCGUCAGCAUUUGGAGCAGAGACUGAAAAUGAUGGCUGUUGAUAUGAUUGAGCAGUGCAUACAGCGCACAGACUCCUCCUUUCAGUCUUGGUUAAAAAAAAAUGUUGCCUUCAUAUCGACCGAUUAUAUUAUACCGUCAGAGAUGUGCGCUAUGGUAAAUGUGAUAUUAGAUGCUAAAAACCAAAGCUUUAAAUUAACUACCAUCGAUGGUAUUGAUCUGUACAAAUUCCACGCAAAAAUCGAUGAUCAAAUCGACAAAGCGAAUGUAGCGAUGACACAAGGAUUAAGUGGCAAACUUAUGUCAGUGCUAGAGUCGACUUUGUCAAAAUUGGCGCGUUACGAUGAAGGUAGCCUCAUUGGCUCGAUUCUUAGUUUUACAAACGUGUCGAGCUCAGGGAAAGAUCUGGGACAAGGCUAUGUGAAUUUUUUUCGUAACAAUAUGGAUCAAAUACGCGGCAAGAUAGGUGAUGACCUAUGGACACUGAACUUUUUUGAGCAGUGGUACUCUCAGCAAAUAAAUAUGCUCUCCAGCUGGCUAUCAGAGCGUUUGGACCACGCCCUACACUAUGCACAGGUCACGUCUAUUUCCCAUAUUAUUAAGAAAAUUUAUUCAGACUUUGAGCUGCAAGGUGUUCUCGAGGACAAACUAAAUUCUAAAGCAUAUCAGACAGUUAUACAACGAAUGACUGCUGAGGAGGCAACCUGUGCGCUGACCAUGCCAGAAGGCACCGAUGGUGAUGAAAAUUGUGACGAUAUCCGCAACGGUGACGAAGAGGAUGGUGGAGAUGAAUCUGGCGCUCACGCAGCUCGGAGCCACCCAAAGCCAAAGACGGGAGCUGCCCAAGCUGCGGCUGUCACCAACGUAGUCGCUGGUCGGGUUGGUAAUUUACUUGGUAAAGGCAUUGGCGGACUUAGCUCAAAGCUGGGAAGCGGCGGUUGGUUUUGAAUUUUAAAGGAAAUAAAGUGGCUAUCCAGGAUGAAAUCACAUAUUGACGUCCAACUUCUGAUGGCAGCUUCGUAGCUAUUCUGAGCCAAGUCCACUGUCGCAUCAAUAAUUCUUCGACAACAAUAUUAAUGGAUACCAAUAAUUCAAUAGUCCGUGAAUGUAUAGAGGAUCUUUAAACACCAGCUUUCAAAUACAAAUAUUAUUAUAAUAAACUCCAAUAUGGAGAGCGUUGUUGUAGCGGACAUAUUUCAUUAUUUUAUGUAUAAAAUCAAUCAUUUCGAUUUUAAAGGACAGUCCUUUUUGGUAAGAAUAAUAAGCACGAUCAUUAUCUAAAAUAAUUUGUGCUUAAUCGAGUUAAAAAUCAAUACUUACAUUUGCAAAACAUAAUUACCUCUUUAAUAAUAUUACACGAUAAUUAAUGAACACAAUUAUUAAUUAUUAAUUAUUAGUACAUGCAUAUUUCUUCAUCAGACGCGUUGCUGGUAUGUGCAAGGAGUAUGUACAAAUAAAGCAAUCAAUAAAUUGUACGCUUUAAAAUAUA